CGGAGAAGUGGGAUCGCGAGGCCGGUGCGCUGCGGUCUGCGUGGUCAAAGAGAGCGCCGGGCGGAGCGGCGGCAGCAGAAGCAGCAGCGGCCCCCGGCGCGACCGCCGCCUCCGCGCCGCCAGUCGCGGCUGCUGCAGCCUCCGAACGGAGGCCGGGGAAGCCGGCGUGCGCACUUUCCCGGGGACUUUCGGAGUGUUUGUGGAUUUACAUGCCAAGCCAUCAAGAUGAUGUCCAUGAACAGCAAGCAACCUCACUUUGCUAUGCAUCCCACCCUCCCUGAGCACAAGUACCCAUCUCUGCACUCCAGCUCCGAGGCCAUCCGGCGGGCCUGCCUGCCCACGCCGCCGCUGCAGAGCAACCUCUUCGCCAGCCUAGACGAAACGCUGCUGGCGCGGGCCGAGGCGCUGGCGGCCGUGGACAUCGCAGUGUCCCAGGGCAAGAGCCACCCGUUCAAGCCGGACGCCACGUACCACACGAUGAACAGCGUGCCAUGCACGUCCACGUCCACCGUGCCGCUGGCACACCACCACCACCACCACCACCACCACCAGGCGCUCGAGCCCGGUGACCUGCUGGACCACAUCUCGUCGCCCUCGCUCGCGCUCAUGGCCGGCGCCGGCGGCGCGGGCGCAGCGGGUGGCGGCGGAGGCGCCCACGACGGCCCGGGGGGCGGCGGUGGCCCAGGGGGCGGCGGCGGCCCAGGCGGUGGCGGCCCCGGGGGCGGCGGCGGCGGCGGCGGCCCGGGGGGCGGCGGCGGGGGCCCGGGCGGCGGGCUGCUGGGCGGCUCGGCGCAUCCGCACCCGCAUAUGCACGGCCUGGGCCACCUGUCGCACCCGGCGGCGGCGGCCGCCAUGAACAUGCCGUCGGGGCUGCCGCACCCAGGGCUGGUGGCGGCGGCGGCCCACCACGGCGCGGCGGCGGCAGCGGCGGCGGCGGCUGCCGGGCAGGUGGCGGCGGCGUCGGCGGCGGCGGCUGUGGUGGGCGCGGCGGGCCUGGCGUCCAUCUGCGACUCGGACACGGACCCGCGCGAGCUCGAGGCGUUCGCGGAGCGCUUCAAGCAGCGGCGCAUCAAGCUGGGCGUGACGCAGGCCGACGUGGGCUCUGCGCUGGCCAACCUCAAGAUCCCGGGCGUGGGCUCGCUCAGCCAGAGCACCAUCUGCAGGUUCGAAUCGCUCACGCUGUCGCACAACAACAUGAUCGCGCUCAAGCCCAUCCUGCAGGCGUGGCUGGAGGAGGCCGAGGGCGCGCAGCGCGAGAAAAUGAACAAGCCGGAGCUCUUCAACGGCGGCGAGAAGAAGCGCAAGCGGACUUCCAUCGCCGCGCCCGAGAAGCGCUCCCUGGAGGCCUACUUCGCGGUACAGCCCCGGCCCUCGUCCGAGAAAAUCGCUGCCAUCGCCGAGAAACUGGACCUCAAAAAGAACGUGGUGCGGGUGUGGUUUUGCAACCAGAGACAGAAGCAGAAGCGGAUGAAAUUCUCCGCUACUUACUGAGGGGGAUGGGAAGUGCCGGGCCGGGCAGAGCGAGGAGCUGAAGGGGCGUUUCUGGGGGGCUUUCCUCGGGCCUGCUUCCCCCCAGAUUUGGAGUGUCCGUUAUCCUGCUUGCAUUUGGGGAGGCCCUCCUGGAGCGCUCUACUCCGCCUCCUCUCUGCUGUCCCUGCCCUUACCCUCU